AUGGUUGUAAACUUCACCACAAAACGUAUGGCUCUGAAAAUUCGUUGUGGCAAUGCUCUGUUCCGUGUCGAGCCGACUCAUAUGAUAAUCGAACCGAAUAAGUGUCGCCAGUUGACGAUCAAUCGAAUGCCGGGACCAAUUCAAACUGAUAAGGCGAUUGUUCAGUAUAUUGAUAUUGAGAAAGACGCUCAGGAUGCGAAGGCCGCGUUCAAGGCAGCCGAUGGAGCUGGAACUAAGAUUCCACAUAUUAAGAUUAAGCUCGUGGCAGCGGCAUCUGGUGGCCGGAAAAUGUCACGAGAAGUUUUGGACGAAUAG